GUCCUGAGCUGCUGAGGUUCUCCAGGGUCCGACUGUCUAUCUGCGAGAACCCCACAGCGCACACGGGAGGAGAACACCAACAUGUUCUCAUAGUGCGGUGCAUUGAUUAGGAUAAUUCCGACAGCCCCUGAAGGCCACAGGACAGUGUGUGUGUACGUGAGUGUAUGUGUAUGUGUGUGUGAGUGUGUGAGUGUGAGAGAGAGUGUGUGUGUGCAGUGCCGUGUGCAGACCGCGUGUGGCGCAGAGGAGGAUAGAAAACAAACAUCCAGGCUGUGUUGUUCAGCUGUUGCCGUGGUGAUGAGCAGUAACGAGUGUUUCGGCUGUGGCCGCUCCGGCCACUGGGUCAAGAACUGUCCUAACGCCGGCCGGGGGCGGGGCAAAGGUCGUGGGCGGGGCAAAGAUGUGUUCUGUUAUCGCUGUGGGGAGCCAGGACAUGUCGCCCGGGACUGUGAGAGGACCGAUGACGCCUGUUACAACUGUGGACGAGGAGGCCACAUCUCCCGGGACUGCAAGGAGCCCAAGAAGGAGCGGGAGCAGGUGUGCUACACCUGCGGGAAGCCCGGCCACGUGGCCCGCGACUGCGACCACGCCAACGAGCAGAAGUGCUAUUCCUGCGGCGGCUUCGGACACAUCCAGAAAGGCUGCGAGAAGGUCAAGUGCUACAGGUGCGGGGAGAUCGGCCACGUGGCCGUGCAGUGCAGCAAGGCGUCCGAGGUCAACUGCUACAACUGCGGGAAGUCGGGUCACCUGGCGAAGGAGUGCACCAUCGAGGCCACGGCCUAGCCGCCGGCCGCCGCCACACACCCUGCUCUCUUCAUCGUCUUCUUUCUUUCUCUUUAUUUUUCAUUUUCUCUGAUCCUCCUUUUUCAUUGGUCAGGAGGCCGUCAGUCGGCCUCGGGCCGGCCAGUCAGAGCAGAUUGAAGGAGA